UACAUACAAAUGCCAACACGAAACAAAAUUACCAUCGCUCACGUGCGUGUGUGCGUGCGUUAGUACGUUCGACCAACAAAAUUACACCUUGUCCGGCGGUACGAUGCGAUAAAAACGGGAACCAGUGCCGCGUUUGCAACAGAAACGUCCUUGAAAACGGCCCGCUUUUCAGCGUGCUGUAUUUUGGUGUGAGCGCGCGCGUGUGUAUUGUCAACUGUGUGAAAUAAUUUGAUUGAUAGCUUACGCUUUACGCGUUUUCGAGAGGGAACCAGCGAGACUACAACGCGAUCUUAUUCUUCUGGUUUUGCGAGCGAGGCACCACACCCCAUCGUUCCGCUUCUCGCAUCAACGACACCAACCCUCCGGUGCUUUGGAGCAGUGACUUUCAUCUUUACAAUCAUCAAAUAUUGACCGGACACUGAGACAGCGAGAGGGCGAGAGACACCGACACGCUUGGGAAUGGUGAUUUGCUAAACAAACGACGCGACCACAACACGAGCGAAAGGGGUGGUGGUGGUUCCGUCUGCGGGUGGAUUCCAAUUCCGGCAAAUCAUGUUGACCGCUAACUGCUCCCAGUUGUCCAGGGUAGCUUAGGUAGAGGAGUCAGCCACACCAGUCGCUGUUAAGAGACGGUACCGCAUGCACGCGGUUUGUUUUGUGGUGGUAUCGACGGUAUCGAACGGCGGAAAUCUAGCUCACAACGUCCUAGACAAACGUUGGAAGAAGUUUAGCAGCGUCACCGCGCGAGGCGUUUAGAAGGUCCUCUUCUUCCUCCCUGUGGACAAGUUUUCGGCGGCCGAAAUUUGUUACGCCAGAGGACCGGUUGCUGGUGCGGAUUUUUUUGUUUCGCAUUUCAGCGACACGAUUACAGCGAGUAGCAGGUGCGUGCUGCGUGGCCGCAACGUAGUGAACUCGCGUGCGUACAAAAACGACACCCGAUAGUGUGAAGCCGCCACGGCAGUUAAAAAAGGAAUAGUGAAGAUCAUUUUCAGCGAAGUAGCAGUCAUCUAAGUAGCCGAUCAAGAUGGUGAACAUGAAAGCGGCCCUUGCCAUCGCGUUGGUGUUUGUCGGUUGCUGUAGCAACGUGGUGUUUCUCGAACUGCUGGUUAAGAUCGAUCCCGGUUCGGGCAAUCUGAUCACCUUCCUACAGUUCCUGUUUAUCGCCUUGGAAGGGUUCCUGUUCACGUCGAAGUGUGGCACGGUACGACCGCGGAUCGGGCUCAAAGACUACACCAUCCUCGUGGUGAUGUUCUUCGUCGCAAGCGUGUGCAACAAUUACGCGUUCGACUUCAACAUUCCCAUGCCGCUGCACAUGAUCUUCCGGGCCGGUUCGCUGAUCGCGAACAUGGUCAUGGGCAUACUGAUCCUGAAGAAGCGGUACGACUUUUCCAAGUACCUGUCCGUCGGCAUGAUUACACUCGGCAUCGUAAUCUGCACGAUCGUGUCCGGUACGAAGGUGGAAAGCACCCAGGUGCUGAAGAAUGCGGCCGACGAGGAUCCGGUGUCGGUGUUCUUCUGGUGGACGCUUGGCAUCGCACUGCUCACGCUCGCGCUGUUCGUGUCCGCCCGGAUGGGACUUUACCAGGAGGUCCUUUACAAGCGGUACGGAAAGCAUCCGAAGGAAGCACUGUUCUACACGCAUCUGCUACCGCUGCCAUUCUUUGCCCUGCUCGCCACUAACAUCUGGGAACAUAUACAGCUGGCAAACGCUAGUCCACUGCAAAGCAUCCCUGCGCUGGGUGUAUCGCUACCGAUCACAUGGAUCUAUCUGCUGGGCAACGUGUUGACGCAGUACGUGUGCAUCAGCUCCGUGUACGUCCUAACGACCGAAUGUUCCUCGUUGACCGUUACGCUGGUCGUAACGCUGCGGAAGUUUGUUUCGCUACUGUUCUCGAUCGUGUACUUCAGCAAUCCGUUCACCGUCCAGCACUGGAUCGGCACGAUACUGGUGUUUGUGGGAACGAUCAUCUUCACGGAGGUGAUUGGCAAGAUCCGUGCCGGCCUGCAACCUUCGGUGGAUGAGAAGAAAAAAGUGAAAUAAGCGCAGACGCAAUGCUCAACCUGGUUGAUAGGCGUAGUUCUGCUCGUCGGCAGCAUUAGUGAGAGGCUUAUACCAGUGCCGGAAAUGGGGGCAUCACGAUAAUUGCAACAGGAAGAAAGCCGAAUGGUUGCUCUUGUACCGGCAAGCAUAAGGACAAUAACGUAGGACGUUAGACAUGGGAAUCUUCCUUCGAAUAGCUCAGCUUCUUUUGACCAUUUAACCAUACUCAAAUGGAUAUUUCUUAGGUAUGGCACACAGCUUAAAGAGCUUUUUCUCGAGUCGAGUUUUUUCUCUCAAAUUCGGUGCACUUGUACAAAGCGAAAAUGGAUGUUGUAGCAGCAAUUGACCCGAGUUUUUAUACAACAUUUAACAAUCGCGUACCUCACGUAAACUUAGUUUAGGGAUGGAGAACUUUUUUUUCAUUUUUUCGGGACAAUUUCUAAACCAGUCGAAUUGAAUGUGCGUACGUGCGUUGAAGUAUUGUUUCUAGCUAUAGAAUUUAAUCAUCUGUGGUCCAAAAAUGGGGUGGAAAGAAGAGAGCGAAAUAUAUCAAAUUGUUGAAUCGUGUAAAUACAAAAAAAAAGAACCACACACGUAAAUUAUUAUUGCUCACGACGAUUAUUAGCAUUAAUGUUCGGUUUGGAAUUGUAUUUUGUAAUAAAGAGACACAGAACAAGGAAGUAAA